AUGGAAACGCGGAAGCUGACGCUGAGAUCAAAGUCUCGCGAGGACAGUGCAUGGGCGCCUCGCUCCGUGGUCCUCGCCGCUGGCGCUGGGCGACCCGGGCCUCCACCCGCUCCGGGCCCGGGACUUGGGGGACAGACACACGGACCCGCCAGCGUAUCUGCGUCCCGCUGUGAGCCCCUCCGGGAGACCGGGCGCGCAGAGGCCGCGUGCGCGCCGGUCCCCACCCUGUCGCCAGCUCAGAGAGCCCUGGGGACACCGGCCCAGCGCUCGCCCGGAAGCCGCCGGGCUCAGGGCGGUGCUGCUGCCGUGGGCCGAGCUGAGCCGAGCCCGAACCGCGCGGAGGCCUUCGCUCCGCGGCACCUGCCGACGGGGCCAGCGGAGGAGGGGCCGGUGCGGCCGGGUCUGACAGACAGGAAGGCGGCACAGUCCCGAGUGUCCUCCCGCCCUCCCUCCCCCUCUGCUGCACAGGGACCAGGUCCCCUGCGGACACCGGGUGGCAGUGGCCGCCGAGCAGCCAGGAGCAGCCUCGGCUCGCUGCAGCGAUGUCUGGGUCCGAGGCCGGGUGGGGAGGCCCGGAGGCAGCACUCUAAAGCCACGCCCGGGGGAGCCCAAGGGCGGGGCACCUCAGCGCCCCCGUGCCCCGGGGCUGGGGACUGGGAGAGUGGGGCGCUCGGCCACCUCAGAGAAGCAGCGCGCCCAGGCCCAGCGCGCCCGCCCGGAAUGGACGCGCGCGGCUCUGCAGUCUGCAAGGCGCCCUCUCGGGCGGCGCUUCCCAAGGUCCAGGCAGGAGGCGCGCGACGUCGCAGCCCAGGACAGCGGGACAUGGAGGCAGUCAGGACAGCGCAGCUGACGACACUCAGGAACAGGACUCCAGAGCUGCUGGAGAGGGGCGAGGAUGACUGCUGAGAGGGCUCAAGGUGAGGCAGGGUGCCUGGAGGCGGAUUCCUGGCGCUCCUCUUUGCUGCCGGGAGCGCGGGGUGCAUUCUCGGUCCUCACUGCCACAGCAGCCUUCUCUCAGGGGCGCCCUCGGCCCUGCAGCCUGGUCACUGGGGGCUCGAAGACCAGGCAGAGGGCAAUGCUGGAACAGCAACCCUGUGACGCCCCUGGGGACAGAGGGACCUGGAGGACCUGGCAUCAGAGGGGCAGUGUGUCACCAGCCCAGCCCUCAUCAGGCCCAGCCAUGCUGCUCUGGGUUCCCCACGCUCAGUAUCCACAGAUGGAUUUUGUCACACUAUGCAACCCUGAGUCCAUCACAUAAAACACAUCUGCAGACGACCUGACAAGUCCAAUUCUCUGUUUGACUGGUAGCUUUGAGAUCCAUAGAGGAAGAAGCAAGUUCCUGUGCCCUUGAGCCCUGGGUGAGUCCAGGCGCGGUUUGGCUUUAGGAGUGGGGAGACAGUGCUCUGGAACCCUGAGAAAGUGUGUGAAAAUGACUGAGAAAACAAUAAACACGGCCCCUGCCAGGCUACUUCUCA